UCUGUACACACACACACAGAGCCAGCACACAUACAGUACACCAGCCUCGUCCAAUCCCUUGCCCGUACAGGCGGGUCUCCGUUUUUUCCUCUUCUUCUGUUUCUCUCAUUAUCGCCGCCGCUGUUUAUUGUAGACUGUAAUGAAAUGUAAUGCAAUUUCUGACCUGUGUCCUAUCGCCCGUCUCAGGCAUGGCGACCUACCGCAGGAGCAGGAGAGUGAACACCUUUCUCUCAAAACAGUAGCACCGCCGCCCGUGUCUAAUCCGAGCAUGAUCAUUAUGAUACAAAAACGGCGCUAAGGAGCAUCACAGCCGCAUGUGAAUGUGAAUAUUUAAGUAAUAUCUGGAGAAGUACGGAACCGAGACGAGGGAAAUAGGUUGUGAAGGCGCAGGAACGAUGAAGGCGUGAGCUGGCCUGAGGAGGCUCCCGUCAGCAGCCGGAGAGAUGAUUAGGUUUCUGGGUGAGCGUCGGACGACGUGCUUAUAACGCAGGGAGUUUGAAACACGCCGGGAAGAAGAAAUAUAGAGGGACUGCAGUGGCCAAGGAGGAGAAGACAAACAGUACAAGGGGUGAGAGAGGUUCUGCAGUGGACUGGCGUCCCAUCCAGGGUGUAUCCUGCCUUGCACUCGUUGCCCGGCUCCCCCGCCACCCUGAGUUGGAUGAAUUGGUUAGAGGAUGGAUGGUGAGAGAGGUGGACAAGAAGAGAGAGGGACAGAGACAGGCACAGGCUGCAGCAGAAGGAGCCUGCUGACGAUGUCUAAGGCAGCGGUGAAGAAGCUGCACUGGCGCUCCAAGGUGCAGGAGAGCUUCGUUCCUCUGGGCGGGGCCUCGGGGGAGCUGGGCGUGUCCAUAGGAGGAGGGGCUGACUACGGAGAGUUCCCGUUCGUCACGUCCGUGCAGGGAGGCGGGACCAACGUGGGCGACGUAAUCCUAGAGAUUGGGGGGACGCCUGUGCUGGGGAUGACGUUGGGCGAUGUUCGAGGAGUGCUUAACAGCUGUCCGCACCCCAUCCGCAUCAAGACUGUCUCUCCAGGCUCCACUCUAUGCAAGGACCUGCGGCUGUACCUCAGUAAGUGCUUCACCCCUGGGUCCAUGGACAGCCAGCUCCAGCAAGUCAUCCGGGAGAACCUGUACCUGCGGGCCGUGCCAUGCACGACCCGGCUGCCGCGGGACGGGGAGAUCUCGGGCGUGGACUACAACUUCGUCUCCGUCGAGGAGUUCUUCUCCCUGGAGGAGUCCGGAGCCCUGCUGGAGAGCGGCAAGUUCAAAGGGAAUUAUUACGGGACCCCCCGCCCUGUGCACAUCGGCCCCGAGAGCCCCCCCAUCACCUACCAGGAGCACCGCAACCUGCUGAGGAACUUCCGCACCCGGAGCAAGUCACUGAGCAACCUGGAGAAGACCGGAGAGGAGGGGGAGAACAGCGAGGAGGACUCGGGACUGUCAGGAGGCUCUCUCGGGGUGAGCAGCGGGGCUCCUCCCGGCCUCUCGCCCAGCCAGUCGCGCGACUCCAGCGGGGGCGACGGCAGCACCAUGGAGAAUGGGGGGGCAGGUCUCCCCGAAAACUGGGAGAUGGCCUUCAGCGACAGUGGGGAACCCUAUUACAUUGAUCACACCUCCAAGACGACCAGCUGGCUGGAUCCGCGAACGCAGAACAGGGAGUCUGUGCCCAAGCCUGAGAGUAAGAGAGGCCGCUGCCGGCUGUGUGACUCGCUGACCUCUGACCCGCGCGCCUGCACCGCUCACUGCCUUCACAACCGCUGCAGAGCAAGAGCAAAACGCUUACCUGCAUUGCUCACAGACUCUUCCCCCUUACAUUCUGGGGUCCUGGUUUUGAAGAUGGCCGCCGACGUCAUGAAUGUCAGAAUCCUUUCCAGCGGGACGGCGCGUGUCCCCGCCUCCCCCACCGACAUCCUGGUGUUCAUCAACGACGCCUGCGUCCUGGGGCUGUCCCACAAGGAGGCGGUGGAGAUGCUGAAGUCGGUGCCGGUGGGCCAGAGCGUCGACGUGGUCCUGCGCAGGGGGUACCCCAUGCUGUACAACCCAGACGGCUGCCCCAAGCUGCGAGGAGGAGGUGGGGGGGAGCUGGUCCCGGUGGCCGUGGGGCGCAGCGAGCAGGGGAUGGGCUUCAGCGUGACCGCGGGGGGCCAGGGGGGCCGGCUGGCGGUGGUGAAGAGGGUCUGGGACCGGCGGCAGUGCCCCUCCCUGCAGCCGGGGGACGCCAUACUGAAGAUCAACGGGGCCGACGUGCAGAGCCUGAGCUUCGCCCAGGUGCAGAGGGUUCUGCAGGAGCACACGCAUCAGGGGGAGGUGGUCCUGCUGGUCUACAGGGGAGGGUCCCUGCGAUCCCCGCUGUCUCCCGGGAUACCUAAAAGGACCCCCCAUCUCUUACAGCCGCUCGCCCCCCAGAACGGUGCCCCCCCUGGUGGUGGGGCGGCGUUGCUGCCCUCCCCCGAGGGCUCUGCCCCCCAGCCGGGCACGACGGGUGGGGCCCCCGACCUCGCCCCCGCCGCGACCCCCGACCUCAUCCCCUCGCCGACCUCCCUGGUGCAGAGCACCAGCUUCCUGGACUCGGUGCCCGUCACCCUCACCCUGGAGCCCCGCGACUGGCUGAGCCCCGAGGAGGGGGGCCGGGGGGCGGCGGGCGGGCAGGGGGACUGGCACGGCGCCCUGGUGUCCCGCACCGUGGAGGUGGAGCUGCGCCGGAGGGCGGGCGAGGGCUUCGGCUUCGUCAUCGCCUCGCAGGACGCGGAGAGCGGCCGAGCCGCCUCCCUGCUGCCUCACAAGUUCAUCCAGAUCCGGCGAGGCAGCCCCGCGGACCGCAGCGAGCGGAUCCACCCUGGAGACCGGCUGGAGGGGAUCAACGGGCAGUCUGUGCUCUCCCUGCCGCACCGCGAGCUGGCCGAGAUCUUCCGCCGCGCCGGGAACACCAUCCGGCUGCGGAUCGUCCCGCGCAGCAGCACCAACUCCAACCUAUCAGAGCCUACAGAGGUGGACACUGAGUCCCGAGUAAGGAAGGGUCACAGGUCACGGCACAAGGACGCGCGGUACUACAGUGUGGAUCUGGAGAGGGGUCCCACCGGCUUCGGGUUCAGCCUGCGAGGGGGCAGCGAGUACAACAUGGGCCUGUACGUGCUGGGCCUGAUGGAAGGGGGCCCCGCCUCACGCAGCCACAAGAUACAGGCAAGGCACCCCACGAUUUCUCCGGCCCCCCUCCCUCCUGUCCCUUUCUCCCCUGUGGCUGGAUGCCAGGCCCUCAGUGUGCCUGAGUCCCCUGCCCUGUUAGGUCCUCGGGGGGUCUCUCACCCCUGUGCCCCUGCGGCCCGGCGGCAGACCCACCCUCAGGGCAGCUCUGAGCCCAGGCGCCCUGAGUUCAGAGGUCAGUCGCCCUCCCCCGCAGUGCUGCACAAGGAGCAGGGUCUGGCUGCAGUAAGGGACGCCGACCGCCCCCGGUCCAGCAGGAGGUCGAAGGUCAAGGAGGAGCAGGGGGAGCAGGAGGAGGACGGGGAGAAGACAUCGGGGGGCCACGGGCGGAGAGGGAACAGGGGAGGCGGGAGGCGGCGGGAAGAGGGGUCCCUGUGCCCCGAGACGGACUCCCUGGACGGCGCACUCCAAGGGAAGGGAGGGCGCAGGGGUCAGAGGUCACCAUCUAGGGACAGCGCUCGGAUCCCGGCCCGGGAUGAGGAGGGUGCAGAGCCAGAGAGGGGCAGGGCGAGAGAGAGCAGGGGGGAGAGGGCAGGGGGGCGCAGCUGGAGCGAGGGCAGGGAGGGCAGGAGGGGACAGAGGGGGGAAGAGGAGCAGGGGAGGAAGAGGGAGGGGGAGGAGAGGGGCAAGCGGAGAGGCCACAGCCUCCCCAUCCCCGCCGAGGGACUGCCCAGCGCGCAGGCCCCGCCGGAGCCCGAGCAGAGGGGCUCCCCCCCGUCUCCGGCCCCAGCGCAGACCGGCCCCCAGGCCCCGGAGAGAGAGCCUUUCUCCUUCCUCCUGCCCCGGGCCCCGGAGGCUCCAGAGCCGGACGGGGCGAGGGCGUGGGGGGAGGAGGGUGCCAGGCCGUCGGAGGGCGGGUUCAAGCCCAGGGGCACCCUGCUGCCAGGGCCCUGGCUCAGGCCCAGCAAGGAGAAGCUCCUGCUGGCCCUGGACUCCAGUCAGGGGCCUGGAGGGGGCGGCGUGGCGUGA